CUACAAUCGCAACAGAAAUCCGACAGUGGACGGCCAUUUUCACUCGGAGCUUUCCCACAAAAAGAUCAGUAAGAGUCCCCCGCAUCGUCAGAGAUAUCGAGACACGAGAUUACAAUCAAGUGUGGCACCCUUCACACGUGUUUGGAGAACUCGCGCCCAAGAAUUAUAUUAAACUUUGAACAAUUUUAAAUGUUCUCAUGACGUUAUUUGAAAUUUUGCGAGACGAUAGUAAAGAAAACAUGGAUGACCCAACGCAAGGAGACAAGGGGAAAUCCUUGAGGCCUGUAAGAAGCAGACGAUACACACGACGAUCUUUUAUAACUGGUCAGCGACCGCAGAAAAGGCUUUUUACUCCCGAAAUAAAACGUUACCUAAAGGACUGGCUUGUACGACGGCGGGACAAUCCAUAUCCUAAUCGCGAAGAAAAAAAAGUGUUGUCACGGGAAACUGGGCUUACAUAUGUACAGAUAUGUAAUUGGUUUGCAAACUGGCGACGGAAAUUAAAAAAUGUCAACACUACAGAUAUGAAUCAAUUGACCUGGGGUCAUCUUAUUCGUACUUAUAACGACCGUGCCCAGGGCAACGUGGAACAGUUCAGUAUUGGUUCAGAUGACAGCAUUUGGAGUGAACCAGAAUCUCAAAGUCCACAACUAAAACCGGACCACACAGAUGAUAAGCAUUAUUAUGAGAACAGCUCAGAUGCAACAACAGAACACAAAGAUGGUGACACAGACGACACAUCUAGAUCCUCUGAAGAACGCAGCGGACCAUUUAAUAACAACUGUAACGAAAUUGAUGAUAAUAAAUCAAAUGAAGAGUUAAAAAUCACUGGUCCACUAUUGUUAACUAAAUGGCUAGAAAGUGCAGCGCGAUUUAAACCAAGAGAAAACAAUUAUUUGUGGUGGGCGGAUGAGAAAAGAAAGAAAUCGGAUGCUAAAAUGCAGAAAAUUGUACUUCAUAACCAAGUACAUGACAGAGAUGAGGUCGAGGCGGCUAUGGCUCUUACAACAUUGGCCGCAAGUCGCAUUACUGUAUGAAAUAUUUCAAUAUUUUACAGUGUGGAAUUUGAAUACCAUUUGACUAUUAUCCGAUUUGCUCAAUGAAAAAAAUUGUAUUUAUAAGUAUUUGAAUUAUCUAAGGAAGUAAAUAACUUUAAUGUGUCGUCUAUUAGAAAUUUAAGUGCGUUGUCAAAUAAUUGGUGUUAUUUUACUUACGUUCCUUGUUAUUCAGUUUAGGUUUAAGAAUCUAAAAGUUUGAUCUCUUUUAUACUGGCUGUAGUACGAACCAAAAUGAUAUUAUAUUAUUGUGAUAAAUUUA